GAAAAGAAACUCUGCGGAUGGUGACCUAGUAGUAAAUAGCGAAGCGCCAUCAAUGACCAAGUCGUUAUUCAAUUCACGAAUAUAUAUAAAUAUGCAUACGGAGGUAUUUAUCGGUCGACAAUUAUCAUUCAGCGCUUCUUAAGUCUCUGAAGAUCAUCAUUUGCCAUGUUGAUGAUAUCUGAUGGAUAUGGCUCAGCGAUAAAUGCAGACGUAUCUUACUAUCGACAAAUUCAAUUUGAGGGAGACAAAAAGAUAAGCAACCUUGUUACAAGUCAAGCAGACCGCCUGGUGUAACUCAAAAUGUUAUUUAUCCGCGUUGAUUCAAUUUGAUAAACUUAUGCUAAUAUAAAACUAGAGAGUUGUUGCAAGCACUACCAUCAAGGGGCACCGUGGUCAGGGUUGCUAAUGCGUAUUCCUUUGAGUAACUUGUCAUACUAACUAUGAAUAUGUGGCUGCUUAGAUUUGAGCUUUGGUAAAUAAAUACUACUUGCUCUUCGCGGGUCUCAACGAGGAACUGAAAAUGGCCCAGUUAUGCUGUAGGCCUGUUUGUGAAUUAUUUCCGUAAAAGUAACUCACGAUUCAUGUUCAGGAUGAUUCAAUAUACAGAGGGUAAGAGCUAAAGGUCCGCUAUUAGUUAUAAGAAAAAAAUCACUUUCUGCUUUUUUCAGAGCGUCAUAUUAAUGUAAGUCAGGUAGAAUCAUUUCCGAGGAGUGAUCUCCUUAAUCUAUCGCCAAUUUAGGUGCGUCAAUAGAUUUUGUGGCAGUGGUAAAUGUUAGGUGGUUUCACAUCUUGCACCGUUUACUGGAUAUUACAUUUAACUGAGAAAUAGUCUUCGAUUUGAUGAAGGACAUUUAACAAAAUUUUACUGAGCGAAGUAGACGUAGCUAUAGGUCAGUAAGUAGCGAGUAUAACUUGCAAGCUUAUAUAAUGGUGUACUAUAAUUUCGAAGUACAAUUGCAAAAAUUUGACCAGAUCGCAAAAAAAUUAACGUCAUCUCCUGAAGUUUGGAAUAGCACUUAGAUGCUCUCUAGACUUUGUCAAAACAAGAGAAUGAGCCACGGCGACUUCGGCACAAUAUAACAGUAUAUAUAUAUAUAUAUAUCCUUUGUACGAAUACGAAUAUUGUUAGCUAGAAUGAAAGUUUGUUAUUCCAUAUCAAGAGUUCCGCAUAACAUUGUUUCUUUAACGGUUUCUGAUUCUUUGGAUACGACUGACUAAUCAAGCUUCCAACCGAUUCAGGGUUCAAGAAUGACACAGAGGUUGCAGUGUGCGUGAUGCAUUCUAGUCCAGGCACGAAUUCAUAUUUGGCGCCGUAUCCUCCUCUCUGAACGCCCUCCGCCUGUCUAUUCAGUCGACUGAGGCGGGGCGCCAAAAUCAGUCAGAACUGGGUGAGACACGGGAACAACAGAGGCGUUUCAAGCAGUGAGUGUUUCUGGAGUUUGUAUAAAGACUAGCGUUUUUUAAAGACUGAAUAGACAACGAAAGCAGCAGCCAAUUGGCUCUUGGAAGAAAUUACUGUUAUCAAAGCGUGACAGGACAAGCAAUAAAAUAUAGCCAAUAUGCCGGCCAUUCCUAAAGGAGCACUUUUCUGUAUGGGGAAUCCCCUUUUGGAUAUGAGUGCCGAAGUGGAUCAAACAUUCCUCGAUAAAUAUAAGCUUGAGGGACGCACUAGCUUAGGUCAAUUUUCUGAGUUCGACGAGGACAACCAUAAGGCUCCUUUCAAGGAGAAUCUAUCAGUAGAUUCAAUGGUGAUGGUGGGACAACAUGCGACGUCUGAAAGAAAAGUUUUUUGCAUGAAUUUGUCAGCGCCAUUUCUGUGCAAACUGUUCCAGGAACAGAUGAUGAGGGUUAUGCCCUAUGUGGAUAUCCUAUUCGGGAACGAAGUAGAGGCCGUGGAGUUGGCUCGUUCACAGAAGUGGCCGGAUCAACUUACCGUGAAAGAAAUUGCCAAACGAGCGGCCGCUCUCCCAAAAGAGCAAGGUAGCAGGAUAGUGGUUUUUACCCAAGGCAGCAAACCAGUUAUCGUUAUGCACAAAGACGGUUCCAUAACGGAGCAUCCCGUAGAAGAUAUUCCGAAAUCAAAAAUUGUGGAUACGAACGGAGCUGGCGAUGCCUUUGUCGGAGGUUUUCUCGCAGGACACAUUGAGGGUAAGUCGAUAAAGGAUUGUGUGUCUCGUGGUAUUGCUGCAGCAUCGGUCAUGAUUCAACAGUCUGGAUGCUCUCUGCCUAAACGUAGCACGUUUAAGGAUCCUUGCGCUCUUUGAGUACAACUAUUAUGAGAAUUGCUGGGGCGACUCCCUGUACUCUGCUACAUACCCGCUUACCGAAUAUUUCAUUCGUUAAAUAUUAUCAAUAUUAAAAAAAAAGUAGCGUGAAUGAUGCAAAGCGAAGAAGAACUUGACUGAGCGGUUGGGUUAUAGCUGAGCCACCGGCCUGGAAAGCCUGUAAUUAUGUGACUCGAUCCGUGCAUCCGGGCAGAACAAGCUACCAACGAAUAAAUGAGGCGCUACUUUUAGGCCAAAAUUUAUUAGGUUAAGAGCCAGAAAGGCCAUUUUACCCAGGCAUAGCGUCGUACGUUACGGAUAAAAAAGACUCAAUUUGAUGUUAUUGCAUUUUGUGAAAUGUUAUUACGUUACUUGUUUCAAGUUGUACUGUAUUAAAGUGCUUAGCUGAAGAUAUGGACACGUUUAUUUUCAUAAGUCACUCUUUUGCAAUUGUCGAAAUAAGCGAUGAACAACAUCAAAUAAAAAAUAAGUAAAACGCA